AUUCCCCAGUACACACAUUAAACACAUUCUUUUGUCCCUCACAUUUUGUUGUUCUUCACCUUGGAAGACUUCCAGAAAGUGCUUUGCUGGGUUACUUUCAUUGUGAUAGUCGUGACCCGGCAGUGACAAAAAGUGAAACAAGUCUCGACGAAUGGAGUAAUAUGCGAUACUUAGACGUAUCUCUACAUUUACCAUCGAACCCAUCACGUGUAAUAAGUCCAAUCUUUCUGAAGAGCCAUGUUACGCAAUCACUGAAGCAGCUAUUUGGCGAGAAAGGAGCAAACUGUUGCAUCGACAUCAUACGCUACAACCCCUCAACCGGUCAUUUCAUCCUGCGUUGUUCUUCCCAGGAUUACGUAAGACUGCGUGCCUCCCUGACACUGGCAAGUACUUACGAGGAAGACAAUUGUAUUUACACGGUGAACAGGACAUCAUCAAGUCCUUUCGGUUUGUUACCGAACGGUCGAGGAUUCAAUCACUGAUAUAAUUGCGUAAACAAACCGUCAAUCAGCUGUACCAAGAUGCCAACAGUGAUUAAAGAGGGCAAAGAUACUGUAAUAUUUGUGUCGAAGGAGGAUCACGCAAGCCCCAGCAAGAUAACCCUUCCAGAGCCAGAGCCAAGUCCAGGUUUGUUGCUACCCAAUGGCGACAUCAACUGGAAUUGUCCCUGUCUUGGGGGAAUGGCGACAGGCCCUUGUGGUGUGGAGUUUCGUGAUGCCUUCUCCUGCUUCCAUUACUCGACAGCUGAGCCCAAGGGCUCCGACUGCUACGACGCCUUCAAAACAAUGCAGACCUGCAUGUCCGAGUACCCAGCCCUCUAUGGCAACAAGGAGGCUGACUUGGAGGACCUCGAGCAGCAGGAGAUGAAUUCAAUCAGCGAGCAUGAGAAGCAGGAGGAGAGCGGAGAGAAGAUCGAGGAGGGAAAGGACCAGGGGCAGAUAGAACGAGUUGGAAGUAGUAAAUGAAUUGAUGGGUAGAUUAGCGUAGAUAAAUGAUUCACAAAAUUCCUUCGAUACGACAACGUCUGAUUGACACCCUCUCCACCUAUACCAACUAAAUUCAGAUGUUUCUUCGAGGAAUCAACGUACUUUAUUUAAGCACGAGGCAUUGUGUUGGGUAAUAGUUGUUAAUGUCGUCCAUAAAAUUGUGUAAAAUAAAAGACAAAUUUUGGAGAGCUUCUGAUA